AUGAUCUACUCUACUCUGUUGACUGCCAGUCUUGUCACUUCGGUGUAUGGACAUGGAUACCUGACCAUCCCAGCAAGUCGCACCCGACUUGGAUUCGAAGCCGGCAUCGAUACAUGCCCCGAAUGCUCAAUCCUAGAGCCCAUCUCACCGUGGCCCGACCUCGAAGCCCCACGGGUCGGUCGUAGCGGACCCUGUGGCUACAACGCCCGCGUCAGCGUCGACUACAACCAGCCCGGCGACAGCUGGGGCAAUGAGGUCGUGGAGACCUACGCCCCCGGCGACGUGAUCGAGGUGCAGUGGUGCGUCGACAACAACGGCGACCACGGCGGCAUGUUCACCUACGGGAUCUGCCAGGACCAGACCCUGGUCGACAAGUUCCUGGACCCCAGCUACCUCCCAACCGAGGCCGAGAAGCAGGCCGCCGAGGAUUGUUUCCUGGAAGGUGAGCUGAAGUGCACGGAUGUUGAUGGCCAGGAGUGUGGAUAUAGCCCGGACUGCACGGAGGACCAGCCUUGUUGGCGCAAUGACUGGUUUACGUGUAAUGCGUUCGAGGCGGAUUCCAACCGUGGCUGCCAGGGUGUUGACGGGGCGGAGUUGAACUCGUGUGAGACGACGAUUGCCGGUGGGUAUACUGUUACCAAGAAGGUGAAGAUUCCGGAUUACUCGUCCGAGCAUACUUUGCUCCGAUUCAGGUGGAACUCGUUCCAGACGGCGCAGGCCUAUCUGCACUGUGCGGACAUUAAAAUUUCUGGCUCUGGUUCUACAAAUUCCAGCUCUACAGGUACUACCACUACACCUACAUCUACAUCUACAUCUACAUCUACAUCUACAUCUACAUCUACAACGGCCACUUGCACUGCCAAAGCCAGCACCCUCCCCGUGACAUUCCAAGAACUUGCGAACACAGCUGACGGAGAGGAAAUCUUCAUUACCGGCUCAAUCAGCCAACUAGGAUCUUGGUCUCCUGAUGACGCGGUGGCGCUGUCUGACAGUGACUACACCGAGUCGAAUCCGCUGUGGACAGGAACAGUGGAACUGUCUGCUGGAACGGAACUAGAAUAUAAGUUUAUUAAGAAGAAUAGUGGUAGUGAUGUUACCUGGGAAAGCGACCCGAACCGGAGCUACACGGUGCCUACUGGCUGUGAUGGUGACAAGGCGACGGUCACUGGGACGUGGAGGUAG